ACCCUCUUUGCCUUGUGCUCCGGUCUCACGUGCCGAUGCCGCAUCACUAUUUUCUUGACCUCCUUGACUCCUUUCUUCCUGCGGCGCGACCCACCGGUCCUGACAACGUGGAGGAAGAGGAGGAGAAUGAGGAGGAAGAUGAAGAGGAGGAGGAGAAGGUGGAGGAGGAGGAGGAAGAAGAGGAGGAGGAGGGCGAGGAGUACAAGGAGGAAGAGGAGGAGGAGGAAGAGGAGGAGGAGGAAGAGAAGGAGGAGGAAGAGGAGGAGGAGGAAGAAGAAGAAUAUGAGGAGGAGGAGGAGGAGAAGGAGAGGGAGGAGAAGAAGGUGGAGGAGGAGGAGGACAAGGAGGCCGACAAUGUUGACAACGACGAGAGGAAAGAGGAGCAAGACGAGGAGAAGGAGGAGAACGAGGACGAGGAGGAGGAGGAGGUGGAGGGGGGGCACUUGACCUUCUCAUUACUGGAGGAGGAGGAGGAGGGUUCGCGGGAUUCUCUCGAAUGUAUUUAAAAAUAAGGUUUAUAUUAAACCCCAUGUUAAUGUCACAGUGAAUUUUUUUUUUUGUACAACCAUUGAUAAAUGCAUGAUUGAAGU